AUGGCCAGGAUGGCGGCCUCCGUGGUGGAGAGCGGAGAAGAUGCGUUCAGGAAAAUGUUCAAGUUUUACAAGAAAAGAAACCCUCCUCCUGAUUAUAGCGCUGUCAUAAACUUCUCCAGAGGGGCACCGAGUGACAAGAUCGUUCCUGCUGAUUUAGACUCUGCAGCCGUGAGCGACGUCGAGGCUGCCAGGGUUGGAUUACGACCUGUCAGAGACUGGAGAGCCUUCAGCCUGCAGGGCUACCCAGGGUUCAUCUUCAUCUGUAACCCAUUCCUGUCGGGGUCCCAAUCCUACUGGGUGAGACAAUGUCUGAAGAUCUACCCUCAGAAACCAAACAUCUGCAAUCUGGACAUGCACAUGUCUCCUUCAGACACCGAGGACAUCUGGGGAAAGAGUGUACAUGCUCUCAGUUCUCCCACUGGAAAGAAAGAACCAAAGACUCUCCUGGAGAGGCUGCGUUGGGUCACUCUGGGAUAUCACUACAACUGGGAUACGAAGACUUACUCUGCCAACAGCUACACUCCUUUCCCAGCUGACCUCCACUUGCUGUCCCUCCAAGUAACGGCUGCCUGUGGCUUCCCAGGGUUCAACUCAGAGGCUGGAAUUCUAAACUACUACCGACCGGAUUCUUCUCUGGGGAUCCAUGUGGAUGAGUCUGAGCUGGAUCACACUCGACCUCUGCUGUCCUUCAGUUUUGGACAGUCGGCCAUCUUCCUCCUGGGAGGCACCUGCAGACAGGAUCCCCCUACUGCCAUGUACAUGCACAGUGGGGACAUGAUGCUGAUGUCGGGACAAAGCCGCCUUCUUUACCACGCCAUCCCACGUAUCCUCCCAGCCCCUCAGGGUCACACUACUUUAGAGAUGGAAGGCUGCAGCCUGACCUCGUCCCUACAGGAGGAUGCUGUGGUGGAGCCGGUGUCUGAGGAGGACUGGGCGCUAUGCUCCAGGUACAUCCACAACUCCAGGGUGAAUGUGACUGUCAGACAGGUGCUGGGGCCUGGGCAGAGCUUUCCAGAAACACCCUCUCCUCUCCAAAGGACUGAUACGGGCCAGACAGACGGACCUCAUGACGGAGCAGCAGACCGAGAUCAUGGAAAGAGGAAAAGAAGCAGCAGUGACUCUGUUGAUCCUGUAGAGACAUGAAACAAGCUGGUGUGGCUCUUACCUGGAGAUGUGAUGCUGCAGGGGACAUUUAGCAGAGUCUUUCAUAGCAGAGAUGUUCUAGUGUGUAAGUUCUGCUAAGAGCGUAAACCCUAAAUGUGUCAAAUGUCUUUGAGGAAGGCAGUAAAACCAAAUCCUUAGCCCUCAGGAUGGCAGUGUUGAAGCUGAUGUAGAAUAUUUUGUGGACAUCCCAAAAUUACCAAAACCAAUAUGUUCCUUAAAUGAAUGACUCAAAUUUGAGGGGAAAAAGAAAAGAUGGAAGAAAUGUUUUGUUUAAAAAUUCAGCCUUAAAUGUGAUUUUGGCUUCAAUAGCUGUAGAAAGAUGAGGGUGUUUGACUGAAGUACAGAUCAGUGUAUUUACGUCCAGAAGCUGCAGUGACUCUUCACUUGUUGUGAACUCUUGCACUUUGAAGCAGAAGUGAAAAUGUCUUUCAGCUUAAAAUGGACACAAUGACUCUGUUUAUUCAGGUUUUGGACAGUGGUUCUAAACAUGCAGACACUGAAAUGUUGACUCAUGAGUGUGACUUCAAAAUAAAAAGAAAUGGUUUUUAUUGCAAGAAAUAAAGAUGAAAUGAAGGUUCAAUAAUAUAUAGAAUACCAGAAAUGAUUUAGUACCUCACUUCAUCACUCACCUGAUAUUUUGUUGAACUUUUAUUUGUUUCAUGUAUUUUUUGUCUCGUAGGCCACGAGUCCCAUUAACAAAAUACAAACUUGAAAGUGCUCAAGAAGCCAGAGCUUCACUACAAAGCAAGAUUAAUCUGUUGGCACCAUGGUAACUGAUGCAGAACUAACCUGGUCCGGUGGAGGUUUUGUUCACAGUAACGGAUUUAAAUCUGCUAUAAAAAGCAGAAAAUAGAUUUCUGCUAAUUAUUUAUGAGCGAUACUGAAAAAUGUUUUAUCUGUAAACCUGUUGAGCUGUGUGCUACUGAAAUCACUGAAUGAAGCUGGGCAGCUCUAGUAUCGCACAACUUGGUUUAAGAUAGAUGUAUAUAAUAUUUUUUUUUCAAAUUUAUGCCAGUUUGCUCACUCUGUAUUAGUUCUAGAUGAUAGGUUUUCUACGUUUUUGCACACAGAAUCUUCUCUCUAACGUCUGUAACACAUUUUAGUUCUUCUGUGAACAGUUUUUAUGCCUGAUCUUCUUGUUAGCUCAGUUUUAGACACGUUUAACUUCUAGAAUUACAAAAAAUAGUCUAAAGAUAAAACAAACUGUCCUGAAACUUGUAAAAUGAAUAAACAGUGAUGGACUGCAGUUUGUUUUAUAUUCUGUUCAGCUGAAUCUGAGUUGAAUCCUGAUUUCUGUGCAUCAUAAAGAGAAACAGUUUUUGAUUAA